AGUGUGUGAGUGUGUGAGAUGUGCUUAAGAGGAUAUCGUAUUGUCCGAAACCAAUGGCAUUCACUCCCCACCCCAAGAUAACAAGCGGCCUCGUACUCGGAGCCGGAGCAGAAAUCGGAAACGGAGCUGGAUUCGGAGCCCCACCCACUUCAGCUCUCUCCUCAAUGGCAACUCCAUCCACUCUCUCCAACACCCUCCUUCCUUCUCGCAACAAUUUACUCUUCCUCAAACCCGGGUUGACCCGCCGGCGAACCAUCCCCUUCCAAGCAUCUGCUUUUUCAACUCGUUUGAGUCACCGCCGCGUGAUUGGGUCGGCGUUCCGCGUGGCCGCCGUGGCAGCAUCUGCCGAGGAACAACCUAGCUCUUCAGCUCAGGGUAUUGAGAAUGUUGUAAUUAUAGGAUCAGGCCCUGCAGGAUACACAGCAGCAAUAUAUGCUGCUAGAGCCAACUUGAAGCCUGUAGUGUUUGAGGGUUUUCAAGUAGGUGGUGUUCCAGGAGGACAAUUGAUGACCACAACUGAAGUGGAGAAUUUUCCUGGGUUCCCAGAUGGAAUAACAGGCCCAGACUUAAUGGAUAGGAUGCGACGACAAGCUGAGCGCUGGGGAGCGGAAUUAUUUCAAGAAGACGUUGAAUUCCUUGAUGUGAGAAACAGCCCUUUUACAGUGCGAAGUAGUGAGCGUGAGGUAAAAUGCUACAGUAUUAUCUAUGCUACAGGAGCCACUGCAAGGAGGCUGAGCUUGCCUCGAGAAGAUGAAUUUUGGAGUAGAGGAAUCAGUGCCUGUGCAAUUUGUGAUGGAGCAUCCCCACUGUUCAAAGGUCAAGUUCUUGCUGUGGUUGGAGGAGGUGAUACAGCUACAGAGGAAGCUUUGUACUUGACUAAAUAUGCUCGUCAUGUCCACUUACUUGUUCGUAAGGACCACUUAAGGGCAUCUAAAGCCAUGCAGGAUAGAGUAUUUAACAAUCCAAACGUCACCGUCCACUUCAAUACAGAAACGGUGGAUGUUGUCAGCAACACAAAAGGGCAGAUGUCAGGCGUAUUGAUCAGAAAGGCUGAUACUAAUGAAGAAUCUGUUCUGGAAGUGAAAGGCUUGUUUUAUGGGAUAGGUCAUUCUCCGAAUAGUCAGUUGUUGGAAGGCCAGGUUGAUCUUGAUGCCGCUGGCUAUGUUUUGGUCGAAGCAGGUUCUGCAAAAACUUCAGUAGAGGGUGUAUUUGCUGCUGGUGAUGUACAGGACCAUGAAUGGAGGCAAGCCAUAACUGCAGCUGGAUCAGGAUGCAUCGCAGCUUUGUCAGUUGAACGAUAUCUUACGAGCAAAGAUCUAUUGAUUGAAUUCCACCAGCCUGCUACCGAAGAGGUUAAGAAGGAACUUACUGACAGAGAUGUAAAAGAAGGUUUUGAUAUCACGACGACAAAGCACAGGGGUCAGUAUGCUCUACGGAAGCUGUAUCAUGAAAGCCCAAGACUUCUCUGUGUCCUAUAUACAGCACCAACAUGUGGUCCUUGUAGGACUUUGAAACCAAUUCUUAGCAAGGUAAUAGAUGAAUUUGAUCAGAAUGUCCAUUUUGUUGAGAUCGAUAUAGAGGAAGACCCUGAGAUUGCUGAGGCUGCUGGAAUCAUGGGUACACCGUGUGUACAAUUUUUCAAGAAUAAGGAAAUGAUCAGGACCGUAUCGGGUGUCAAAAUGAAGAAAGAGUAUAGAGAAUUCAUCGAAGCGAACAAAUAAUCCCUUGCUGGACGAGUGAAAACUGAGCUUCGUCUCUGUUCCUUCAAUCGCCCAGGUACCUACUUCUAUCAAUUCAUUAAACAUGCAAUUCAAUUUUGAUAUGUAAAAUUGUAUUCAGAUAUGCUUGUAAUUCCCCAUAUUAUCCUCAAAAUAAUGAGAUUGUACAUUCAGAAUAGUCUCAAAGAAGCAUGUUUGUAUUUUUCCAA